GCGGAGACAGGAGGCCAGAGAACAGUGCUGUGGUACAGUCCGCUGGGGGCGGUACGGUGCUGGACGGACGCUGGACGAACGCUUGGACGGUACAGUCAGCAACGUUUCGGCCUGCAAGCAGCCACUGAGCCAACCAACAACCCCUGCGGCUGGCCGCUGGCCGCUGCUGGCUGCUGGCCGCUGGCCGCUGGCCGCUCCGUUGCAGGAGAGAUGGGGCGACUGCCCAGGUGGGCUGUACUGUUCUGUCAGGCAGGCUCUUGCCUCUCCGACGCGACAAGUCCCCUGAACCUCUACAGCAUCUUUGUAAGGCUUUAACCUCUGAGCGCAUAUUAGAGUGCAAAGCUGUCUGUGCUGCUUUGGUAGACAUUCAAGACACACCGGCCAAGGCAUUCAACACGUUGCUGGGUGCUACAGCCUCGUGGACAGCCGCACGUGCAAGAUCACCUGACUCGCGUGGAGCUCGCCGUCCGCUGCAGCGAAUUGGCGGCGUUGCUUUAAUCAUCGCUCCCUUCCUCCCAGCUCGGCCCGUGUGAACGACAUCACCAUCCCCCAAGCUCUCGCCCAGCCCCAACCCCCAGCCCAGCCGCUCGACACCGAGGGGCGUAUUGGACCACGCCACUGAGGUCUCCCAGCCGUCAAUUGACCCUUCUACGACCCCCGAAAGCCGUGCAGGAUGGCCAGCAAGCUCUGCAGGAGCCGGGUGUUGGCCCAGGCCCUACGACCGGCGAGGCCCUCCAUCCAGACCGAAGCUGCUGCUGCGCGAUGCUUCUCCGCCAGCCCCCGCGCCGCUGUCGGGUCUUAUGCCGUCAACCUCCCCAAGGAUGCAAAGGACUUCCGGAGAGCAGCACGACAGACUGCUGGCUCCCUCGAGGCCCCCAUCGUCAACCCUGCCGAUAAAUACCAGUCCAAGGCCGACAACCUGCACAAAUACGGCGCCUGGCUGAUGGGCGUCCUGCCCAAGUACAUCCAACAGUUUUCCGUCUGGAAAGACGAGUUGACCAUCUACAUCGCACCAUCCGGUGUCAUUCCAGUCAUCUCUUUCCUCAAGUACAACACCGCCGCCGAGUUCACCCAACUCAGCGAUAUCACCGCAGUCGAUUUCCCCACGAGAGAUCAACGCUUCGAAGUGGUCUACAACCUGCUCUCUGUCCGCCACAACAGCCGCAUCCGCGUCAAGACCUAUGCCGACGAGGCUUCCCCGGUGCCGUCCAUAACGAGCCUUUACGAGGGUGCAAACUGGUACGAGCGCGAGGCGUACGAUCUGAUGGGUGUCUUUUUUGUCGGUCACCCUGACCUGCGUCGCAUCAUGACCGACUACGGAUUCGAGGGUCACCCGCUGAGGAAGGACUUCCCGGUGACGGGAUACACCGAGCUUCGCUACGACGAGGAGAAGAAGAGGAUCGUGACGGAGCCUCUGGAGCUGACACAGGCAUUCCGUGACUUUGAGGGCGGCUCCAGCGCGUGGGAGGGUGUGGGGACAGGCAUCGACCGGAAGCCCGAGAGCUUCAAGCUGCCGACGCCCAAGCCGGAGGAGCAAAAGGAGGAACCCAAGAAGUAGGGGACACGCGAGAGAAGGUGUACAUAAAUUGUGUCAAUAUGAAUGCGCGUUCCCUGAUGGACCGGCCAUAAUACGCACCGUCUUCUCACUUCCCGACAACCGAACGCCCGGUCUCUUGGGAAGACGGCGCGCCGGUCAGCUUAUCUCACGUCUGUUGAGCAGCCGUGAAGGUAUCUAGUGGCAUGUGUGCCUUUUAAAGCAGUUGCCGCCCUGCCUCUUCACUGCCGUUUUUACAGGUGGAGGAGGAGGGCACAGGCAGAUGCGAAAAGCACUUGUCCUUUGUUGCCCCUCCGUUGUGUUGAUUAUUGAUGACUCCUGGGUCUGCCUGAAGAACAAUCCCUUCAGACCCAUCCGUUGGCAACGGGGCAGAGGACAGACAUGUGGGAUUUUCGCGGCCCGGUUUGAAGACAGUAAGAAAGAAAGGGAAGAUUGAUCUGAUGUAAACAUGCUGGACGUUACCUUCGGUCUCAUGUGCCCUGAAGGAACCAAAGUUGUCCUGUGACGACAAUAGGAAGAUCGCGAGGACAUAUCCGCCUCAUCCGCGUGACUGUAACCGGACACUGCCUGACUGCUUCAGAGCCAGUGGGCGUGUAUCUAAAAGUA